AUGACAAUACCACAAAGUGUUACAAAAGAAUCGAUUCAAGCGUGUCCAUCCAUUGAUAAUAGUAACAAUAGUUCAUCACAAGAGGCAUCUAUCAAAAUAUUUGGUAGUAGCGCUCUCGGUGCUGGCAUUCUAACAUUAUUAAUACCACUUGCUGCUCGAAGUCAUGCUGGUCUACUUAUUGCUGUUCGAAUAUUGAUUGGCGCUUUUGAGGCUCCAGCUCUUCCGAGUGCGAGUGCAUUGUGGGGUCGAUGGAUUCCACCGUUCGAACGAAGUAUUGUCCCGGCCCCAGCUUCUAUAGGCAAAGAAUUCGGUAUUGUGAUUAUAACUCCAUUGGUUAGUCUACUCUGUACAUCAACAUUUUUAGGUGGCUGGCCAUCAGCUUUUUAUGCCACCGGUAAGUAGAUCUUCGUCUCUUAUCUUUAUCGUUUUCUAUUGAAACAAAAAUUUCAAAGGUCUACUUACGUGUGUUUGGUUCAUAGGAUGGUGUUUUUUUUUGCGUACAAUUCGCCUUCAGAACAUCCUUGUAUAGCACCCGAGGAAAAAGCAUUUCUUCUUGAAUGUGUACCAAAGCCAAAAAAAGUAUUAGUAAAAAAUGAAGGAGAAUAAUAAAAGAAAAGUUCAUGUUGAUCUCGUAUUAGAUUCGUACACCUUGGUUUCGCAUUGCUACUUGUAUACCACUUUAUGGAAUUGCAAUCAAUCAUAUUUGUGUUAGGGUGUGGGUGUGGGUGAGUGUGGGCGUGGGUGUGGGUGAGUGUGGGCGUGGGUGUGGGUGGGUGUGGGUGUGGGUGGUGGGGUGUGGGUGUGUGAGUGUGGGUGUGCGUGUGGGUGGGUGUGCGUGUGCAUGUGGGUGGGUGUGGGUGGAUGUGGGUCUGUGGGUGUGGGUCGGUGGAUGUGGGCGUGAGUGUGGGUGUGGGUGUAGUAUAUGGUAUCCUCUUCAGGAACACCCACAUUCGCACCCACACCCACACCCUCACUCCCACACCCACACCCACAUCCACACCCACACCCACACCCACACCCUCGUUACAUAUUUGGCUUUGAUGUUGUAAUAUUAACAAUCAUGUUACGUAAUUAAUAAAAUGUUCUAUAUCAUUGUAAAGAUAAAAAAAAGAAAGAUUUUCAGAUAUGAUCUUAAUGAAAUUCGAAAGUUCCACUUGCUUUAAUUCUCUACUUUAAUUAUGAUAAAUAACUGAUUAAAGAACUGAAAUCGAACAGUUGAAUAAAAGAAACUCUUACAUAUUUCGUAUGAUGACAGAGAUACACUCAUCAAAUGUUUUAUUGUACUUAGAUAGAUCGAAAUAAUUAUGUGCUUCUGCCACUAUCUGUAUUUUUAUAUAAAUUAUUGCUAUAAUAAACACUAUUCAUAGAAUAACAUAUAGAAUGUGAUUAUUAAAGAUCUGUUUUUACAAAUCAAAUCAUUAUUGAUAUCCUAUUGUCUUUUUUUCUAACUGUUUGACAUUCAUAGUUAUAUUGAAAAUGAAUUAGUUGAAAUUGCAUCGAAUUCGACUCAGGAAUCUUGUUUAUGUCGUUGGUAAUUUAAUACUAUUUAAAAAUUUGGGUGUGGGUGUGGGGUGUGGGUAUGGGUGUGUGGGUGUGGGUGUGGGUGUGGGUGUGGGUGGUGUGGGUGUGGGUGUGGGCGGGUGUGGGGUGUGGGUGGGUGUGGGUGUGGAUGUGUGUGGAUAAGGGUGUGAGUGUCGGUGUGGGUGUCAGUGCUCCCUACUACUUUAUUAGCAACCAUACUCACGCUCACCUACACGGUCACACACACACCCACAUCCAUGCCCAUACUCCAUUCGCACUCCACUCACAUCCACAGCCCCACCCACACCUACAUCCACCCACAUCCAUAGCCCCAUCCACACCGCGAUCCACCCACACCUGUAAAGUACGAGCGCAUUUCGGCAUGUUUUUCAAGACAUUUCAGUAAUUUCAUACCCAAUAUUUGUUCUAAGAUCUAUUAAUUAUACUCAUAAAUCCAAUUUUUGACGAGCAUUAAUUUGGUAUAUAAUACUCUUUGAUAUCAUUUAUACUUUAAGUUCUAGAGGGGGCGUAAUAAUUAUGUUAUACCCUGUAGAUAGAUGCGCGUCACUCUGCUAGUCAGUGUGUUUAAACUGACGUCAUGUCUGUCGCUUUGUCAUGAUCUAUCGUCAGGACAACCGUCAGAGAUUGAAUACUGUCGGGUCGAAUGUUCGAAUCCCCUUCUCGUCUUCCUUUUUUAUUAUUUUUCUGUUCUACAGAUUAGUCUGGACGGGAUAGAUGGACGAAACAGACUAGGCAUGACGGAUUCAAAGACUUCCUGGACUAGUCCAGACGUGAUUAAAGGACAUUUCUCCUAAAGAUGACUAGUCAUGACGAGGGUGUAAGACGUUUUAGAUUAGACAUGACGAGUAUUUCGGACAUUUUAGACUAGUCUUGUCGGCCGUCUUCACUUAUUUUUCGCUCACUUGGGUUGUUAUUUGAAGUUUACUUGACUUUAUUUUUUGGAAUCAAAUGCAGACUUACAGACAUUUCAGCGUCUAGUUCAAGAAAAUAUGUUCGAUUAAUGAAUACAAGAACAAAUUUUUGAACAGAUUUGUUUAAGACUUAUUUAUUCGGGAUUAAAAUUAAAACGUAUGAAGUGUAGAUUCAACGGAAAGCGUAUUCCAUGCCUAUGAAAAUAAGUUACAAUU